CGGCGGCACAGGGCAGCAGCACGCUCGGUUGUCCCUGUGCACAGCCAAAGGAUGCGUGUCCUCUGUGGUCUUCCGUUGCUGCUUCUCGCAGCUGCGGCCAAUGGCGUCCUCUUCGACCUGGUACCACCGACCCAGUCGGGCGGCGUGGUCUACAAGGUUCGGGCCACGGUGACCCUGAAGAGCCCAGAACUGAGUGUGACCGAGGGCGCUGGACUCCAGUACGCGGGAGACCUGGCCCUCUACUCGGCCGGACAAGACACGUACGAGGCGCGCUUCCUCAACUUCUCGGUUGUCAAGCACGAGUACCUCUACGGUAGCCUCGAAAACCUGACCGCCGUGCCGCUCAACGAGUCGGUGCCGCUGCUGAACGAGACCUACGCGGUGGACUACUCGCAGCAGUUCCGCUACCCGGUCAAGUUCGUCCUCAGCGCCGGCAAGGUGGUGAAGUACGAAGUGAGCCCUGAGGUCUCCACCUGGACUCGCAACGUGUACAAGUCCGUGCUGACCCUCCUCCAGAACCAGGUUGAGACUCCCCAGGAAGUUCCGACCUCGGCUGCCUACUACGAGGAUGGUGUGAGCGGAUACUGCCGCGUCACGUACGAGGUGCACUCUCUGACCAAGAACCUCUACACCGAGGGCCCAGUGUACAACGUGACCAAGACCAAGUACCUGGACGACUGCAAGCUGACCCGCCCGGUGCACAGCACCAGCGGCGCUGUGCGCAAGGGGUACCACGCCGUGUGCACCAAGCACCUGCCUAACAACUUCCUUCCAGGAUACCAGGAGGACACUUCCGCUUACGAAAGCAAGCCUCUUAGCGGAUGCCCCGAGGGACUCAGCCCGUUGGACUCCGUGGUGGCCGCCCACGAGGUCUCGUACUACAACGUCAGCGGAAGCCUCCUCGAGAGCGCUCUCACCGACAGUCUCACAGUCCUGCCCCUGCUCACCGGUUCCGUCGUUGUGCGCACCCGCCUCCAGCUCGAGCUGGCCAGCCUCGAGGUCCCGCCCGUCAACCCCGUCGCGUACCAGGGCGAGCCCCACACCUCGCUGGAGCUUCACCUGCCCGAGGCCGCCGAGUACCUCGACCUCCCGGUCUACAGUUACCUCGUGGGAAGCCCGGACCAGGUCAAGCCCGAGGUCUUCACUCAGGUGCUUGAACAGGUCGCCGAGGAACUUGUGAACCUCGACCUCGAUUUCGAGAGUGAAACCAAGAAGACUCCCGCGCUCAUGCUCAAGCUGGUGCACAUAGUCUCGCUCCUCAACACCGAUCAGCUGAAGCAGGCUCUGCCACAGUCCCUCCUCACCAAGACCAGCGAGCUUGAACCCAAGGAGCAGGUCCUCAAGGCCCUGUAUGUCGACCUUCUCGGCAAGGCCGGAAGCAAGUCCGCCGUGGAAGUGGCCGUCUACCUUGUUAAGCAGCAGGUGCUGAGCCUGUACGAGGCUACCCGCCUGUUCCGUGAGCUGUCCGUCUUCACGGCCUACGUCGACAAGGACACCGUCGAGCUUCUCUUGGACCUGUGCAAGACCACUGAAACCGUCCUCAAGCCCCUCGUCAAGGUCGCCGUCUGCGAUGCUCUUGGCGAGGCCGUGAAGAAGGCUUGCCCCACUCGGGUCCACUAUGACACCCCUGCCUUGACUCCUUACAAGAGCAGCUGGCGCCGCAUCCCGAAGAUCAAGAGCCGUUACGAGCAGACUCCCUCCGUGCCGAAGCAUCUGCUGCCGUACGUGCCCGUUGAGAGGCUUGUGCUCCCCCAGGAAAAGCAGUGCACCGUUUUUGACCUCGUGGAGUACGUCAAGGCUCUUGAGGAGGCUCUGAAGACCACCACGGACUUCAAGGUCCUGGUCGGCUACUUGAACGCUCUUGGCAAGGUCGCCAAGCCCGAAGUGCUGCCCGUGCUUGUGAGCUACCUGAACGGCACCGCCGAGAACCUGUACCAGCUGGCGGAGGAAGGAGAGGAAGUCACCGAGACUGUCUACUUUGUCAAGAAGGCCGUCCUCCUCGCCCUCAGCCACGUCGUGGAGUACUUCCCCAAGGAGGUGAGCCCCCUGGUCCGCACUGUCCUGCUCAACGUCAGCGAGCCCGUUGACGUGAGGACCCUGGCCUUCGACGUCUGGCUCAAGUCCGUGCCCACCAAGUGGGACCUCCAGCAGGUGGCCCUCGUCGUCAAGCUUGACCGCAGUCUGGAGCUCAAGAGCUACGUGUACUCGGCCCUCAAGUCCGUCGUCAAGGACAAGCACCCGGCCAACCACGUUCUUGCUAGCCGCGUCCGUGGAGUCUUCGUCCACUUCGAGGCUCUGAACGUUGGUCCUCGCUACUCCAAGUACGUCAAGAAGACCUACUACGACGUCGCCAAGAACUUCGGAUUCGAGUCCCUUGUCAAGCAUGUGGCCAACAACGUCUCCUACUUCCCCACUUACCUCCACGCCGGACUUAAGUACAACCUCGGCCCCUACGUCAAGACCCUGCUCGAGGGCAAGCUCCUGCUGAAGGGCGGUGAGCAUUUCCUUAACGAGGUCUUCUCUACCGAGGGCCCGUCCACGCUGCUGAGACGUGUCACCGAGGCCUUUUCCAAGAAAAUCAAGACCCCCUACAAGACGACUCCCUACGAGACCAGCACCAAGUAUUCCGUUGUCAAGGAGCUGAACCUGAAGACUCGCGAGGUGGAGUCACCGAAGGCUGUGCUGUUCGCCAAGUUCCUCGGUGGAGACGCUGUGCUGCCCGUGGACAAGGAGCUGCUUGAGCAGCUCAAGGAAGAACUGGUGCAACUUGUCCAGAAGGCCAGCACGACUGGUCCGCUGACCACGCAUUUCGUGCGCGUGCUUCUGCCCAAGAAGGUCGCCCACGUCGAGCCUACCGCCGUUGGUCUGCCCGUGGUUCAGACCGUCCUGCACCCGAUCGUCGUGUCCCUGAAGCUCAAGGAUGUCUCCCUGCAGUAUGACACCUCAGUCGACUCUCUCCUGCCCGUCACCUUCAAUGUCACCGGAACCGUGCAGCCCCUCGUCCUGAGCAUCAAGCAGAGCCGUGUGUUCGUGCCCGCCGAGCUGACCGAGGAGUCCCCCAGCGUUGUCCACACCAACGUCAAGCACCUUCACUUCAAGGCUCACCUCUCCGUGGGCUACGACAGCAAGUACGAAAAGAAGGUCAGGGUCGCCGUGAAGCCGACCUUCGGCACCGCCCUGCUCAGCGCCCUUAGCACCGAGCACGUCGUCGAGACUCCCAGCCCGUUCCUUCUGCUCGAGAAGCCCGCCGUCGACCCAAAGAAGGUCAUGGACACCAUGGCGAAGCCCUUCGUGUACCACCGCGUCUACGAGACCAAGGUCGUGGAUGUGGAGGUUGACGCCAUGAGCCACGGUCCGUUCGCUCCUCUGCCGCUGUACGGAAAGCUGUACCACCUGUCUACCGAGCGCAUGUCCAAGCUCGUCCAGUACCUGACCCACCAAGGAAGCAAGCAGCACCUUAUCAGGGUCAACGUCAAGCCUUACGAGAAGGACCCCGUCAACGAGUGGGUGGCCACCUUCAAGUACGAAAACAACGUGGACUACCUGAUGAAGACCACUCUGAAGAAGGUCUACACCAGCCCCUCCACCUACGACGAGAGCCAGGAGGAGACGUCCUACGAGCACAUGCGCUACAAGCCCGUCACGCCGAAAUACGAGACCUAUGACUACGAGGACAGCUCUGAAUACUACCCCGAGUACCCGCAGCUGGUGAACAAGACCCUUGUGAAGCACGUGCUUAACGUCACCCUGGAAGGCAAGCUGGAAGGUGCCGUCAAGAAAGCCGUCAAGCUGGACCUCGCCUACUACCACUCGCUCAACAAGACCCUCAAGCACUACUACGUUGACCUCAAGACCCUCACCAAGCCCCUGGUGUCCGUCUUCGUGAAUGUGUCGAGCCCCGUGGCUCCGAGCCCCUUCUGGUACGUGCCUUCCUACGUGGGCAACGACCUCGUGAAUGUUACCCUGUACCUGACCUACGGCAGCGAGCCCGAGCCUUUUGUUGUCACCUACAACGCCACCAAGACCGAUGAGCAGCUCCUGGGCCUGCACGCCUACGACGCCACUCCCCUGCUGCACUGGUUCGUGCCCCAGUGUCUGGCCGACCAGCACGCCGGUCACACCGUCAGCUACGCCUGCAGCCUGGCCACCGUCUUCGAUGCUCACCUCAACAAGCAGGUUGUCUCCUUCAAGGUGCCGCCGCAGGUCAGCCCCAAGGUGAAGAACCUGGCGCUCAAGGUCCUCUCGUUCCUCAAGUUCAAGCUGUUCCCGUACGCCAGCUUCUACGCCCUUCCGUUCCCCGAGCAGGAAGAGUACGAGGUCGUGCUCAAGCUGAACAAGACUGACGUGAACCCGUACGUGACCGUGGCUCACGGCGAACUGCUGCUGCCCAGCGAGAAGGUUGUCCUGAGCGGCCUCCAGCUGUCGAAGUACGCUGUUCCCAACCUGCUGCUGUCCGUCUACGACCGCCUCAAGUACGCACUCUUCGAGGGCUACCCGCACCAGCCUUGCAGUGUGGGCAAGCACUGGGUCCGCACCUACGACAACGUGAGCUUCCCGCUGGAGGUUAGGCCUAACUGCAAGUACCUCGUCACCAGCGACUGCAGCGUCAAGCACAACUUCGCCGUCGUUGUUCAGCCUCUCGAUCUCGCCGUUGGAACCAAGAAGCUCAUCGUCCAGCUGGGCCCCACCGUGGUGGAGCUUCCGCCGCCCGAUCUGUACAAGGCCGAAGUCCUGCUGACGGUCAACGGCACCUACUACGUUGCCAACACCACCCAGGACGUCGUGCUGCCUUACAAGGGCAACCGCAAACUGUUCGUCACCGUGUACCCGACCAGCGGACCUCACGACCCGCCCGUUGUCGAGCUGACCACCUCGCUUAAGACCUUCAAGGUGCUGUUCGACGGCGUCAACUUCUUCGUUUGGGUGAACCCGCUGUACCAGGGCAAGACCUGCGGUAUCUGCAGCAACUUCGACAAUGAGCCGUACCACGAGUUCGUCACUCCCGAGAACUACCUCGUGUCCAACUAUUCCGAGUUCGUGGCUAGCUAUGGUUUCGGCCUUCCCCAGUGCAAGGAACUCCUGGUGCCGGUCUACCCUCACCACUACCUCGAGGAACUGAAGAAGCCCGUGGGAUACGAAGCCGGUUACCCGACGCACCACGAGUACCCCAGCCACUCAAAGUACCCGCCCCACCACAAGUAUCCGAGCCAUCAUGAGUACCCUACCCACCUACAAGUACCCCAGCCACGAAGAGUACCCAACUCACCAUAAGUACCCUACGCAC